AUGAAGGGUUACAGUAAAGCUCUGACGAUGAGAUUCUGCAACUCUUGGCAGAAUGGUGUUGUGACUAUUGGGAGGAUUUCCUUCUUUGUUACGGCGGAUUUCAUCGUGGAAGCCACUGGUUUUCCAAAUGAUGGUGAACAGGUGGAAAGAUGUAGUAGUGGAGACUACAAAGGGUUUAUGAAAAAAUUAUUUGAGAAGGGGGAGAAACAAAGCCUCAAUAGUUUGUCCCCUACACUUGGAAAUGAGGAAAACUCUCAGAAAAAUUAUGGUAAGUCCUCCAACCUUGGGCUAGCUAACCCAAUAUCUCAGUGCUCACUUGUCUCCACCUCCUCAACUGAGAAUAUAGGAAAACAUACCCUUGUUAUUGUGGAUAAAGAGUCUCUAGAACUUUCCCUGUUAAAUGUGAACCCUAAUAAGAGAAAGCUAGAAACCCUCAAGAAAUCCCCGAUUAAAGCUAAAAAUACCAACAAAGAGUCAGCUAGUAAAAGUAUCACCAUAGAUCUAGACCUGGACUAUCAGGAAGAUGGGGAGGAAAAACCUUUAGAGAUGGAAAUAAUUGAUUGCAGUUCUAGGGAAAGGAGCUUGGAUAGGCUCCGGGCUAAGGAAAGAAAAGAGGAAAUUAAAAAAGAUGAUAACCAGGCCAAUGUUAAAAAUCUGGAGGAAAUUUAUGAUCUAGAGGAGGAGGAUAACUCUGUUGACAAUACUGAGGAUGAGGAUUUCCAUGAGGAGGAGGAUGACCCCGAAGAGAAUUUGAAAGAGAAAAUAGAAGAAGAGGAAGAUGGGGAUGAGAUCAGGGAGACCGAGGCAAAAUCGGAUAUUGCGGAACAUAGCCCUGAGGUCCCUAAUUUGUUAGGUGAUGAGAAGAUGGUCCCCUAUUCGAAGACUCCCCUUCUAAGACAGACAACAACAAGAAUCUAG